AUGAUCGGAAUUACCAUCAUCACUGGGUUCCUGGGGGCGGGCAAAACCACCCUGCUCAAGAACCUCCUUAAGCAGAGCCGCCAGAAUGGGAAAAAAAUAGCUAUAAUCCAUAACGAGUUCACCGAGAAUAAUAACAACAUCGACAAAAUUGUAUUCAAGGAUAUAAACGAUAUUUAUAAUUUCCCUAAGGAGGACGGGGGGGCAGACAGGCGGGUGAGGAAGGGCACGAACGACCUGAACAACGAAUGGAAGAAUGACGGGCACUCCGAUGGAGAGAGCGACCAGAACGACAUAACCAUUGUGAACCGAAUCGAAAAGGAAGAAGGAUACAUCUACGAACUGAAUAACGGUUGCCUCUGUUGCUCCAACAAAAGCAACUUCGUUAAAUUAAUAGAAAAUAUCCUUUCCAUGAAAACUACUUACGACUACAUCUUCGUCGAAGUGGCGGGGGUCUACGACAACAUACAGCUGAACAACUUAUUAUGGCUAGAUGAACUAAACAAGUCUCAAAUUUACCUUGACAGUAUUAUCUAUCUUCUGGACGCAUAUAAUUUUGUGAAUUCCUUUCAAGGGGGGGAUUUAUUCCACGGGCAUGGCGCCCUGGCGGAGGCUGCAUCACGGUUCGCUUCUAUUCAGAUUCAGAAAGAAGAGAGCCUCCCUUCCGAGGAAGAGGAAGAAAAAGAGAAGAGGAGAGAGGGAAAUAUGAACCCUCCCCCCAAGGACACCUCCCCAAACGAACAACUAAUUGUGUGCGACGUUGUAAUUAUAAAUAAGAUAGACAAAAUUAGUGAACAGGAAAAAGAAAAAAUAAAAACCUUCGUUAGCAACAUGAACCCAUUAAGUCAGAUUUACCUGACCAGUUAUGCUACCCUCCCGAUGGUACAACUAACAGAACUCAAAUGUUACGAAAAAAAAAAUAUAAAAGAUAUUUUAGCUAAUUCCUUGAGCAGUCACACUGCAGAUCGUAAGGACGUAUUCCAUUACAACGAUUUUGUGAAUUGUUCACUUCACUAUGAACACAACAUUCCAUAUCUUGUGCAUCUAGGUGAACAACUAAAUAGAAUGAAAAGUGAAUUUGUCAAAAAUACAAGUAAAAAUACACUGAGACAGAUCCUUUCUUUAAAAAAAAAAAACAUUUUUUCUUUCAGAAAAAUUAACGAAACUUUGGUUUCCCUUCUGUGGGGUAAAAAUUUAGAAAUUUAUCGGGGCAAGGGUGUUUUUCUCGCCUUCAAUGAUGAUGUAUAUAGCCAUAAGAGUAAGUUAAAGCUAAACAUGUACUAUUACCAAAGUGUUGGUGAUCUGUACGAAAUCGACUUGGUUAUGAGCGACCUCCAUACGUUCUUUCCGUCUGCUCUGCAUGAGAUGCAAACAAACCUGGAAAGUGUGACAGUGUGCACUGAUAAGGAGAAUGACAAUCUCUCUGAACCUUUCAACGAUGGGGACGACCUAUCCGACAUUGAGAACUACCUUUCGGACUCCUCCUCCGGAAGCGACGGAAGCGAUGCAAGUGGCAGUCCGGACAAUUGCGGCAAUCGCCGUAACAGGGAUGGAGGAGAGUACAACGUGAAGAACAUUUUAACUGGGGGCGACGUCUUUUCGUCCUCCUUCCUCUUCAUAGGGAAAAAUAUAGAUGUGGAGGGGAUCAAGCAAAAAUUAAGUAACUGCAUGUGUGAUUAA